CCGGGCUCUGCCUCGCUCGGCUCAGAGCCGCAGCGGCUGCGCUGGGGAGCGCUCGGCCCGGCUCGGCCCGGCCCGGCUCGGCUCGGAUCUUCCCCGGCCCCGCCGCUGCUGACACCCCGCUUGGCAUCGCCGGCUGCGCUCCCGGGAGCCCCCCGCCCCUGCUGCGGGUGGACAAGUCAUUCAUCUAUCACAGAAGCCUCCGGCCCAGUCCGAUGGAGAAUUGCUUUGAAGAACCAUGAGCCAAGCCGGUGUGUCUCACACACCGUAGAGCUGCCCUGGGUGGGCUCUGCUCCCCCACACCCCAAGACCUCAGAGUUGUUUGAGAUGAUCGAAAAGAUGCAGGGAAGCAGAAUGGAUGAACAGCGAUGCUCCUUCCCACCCCCUCUCAAGACCGAAGAGGAUUAUAUUCCAUAUCCCAGUGUCCAUGAGGUGCUGGGGCGCGAGGGGCCGUUCCCCCUCAUCCUGCUACCGCAGUUCGGGGGCUACUGGAUCGAAGGCACCAACCACGAGCUGACCAGCAUCCCCGAAAGCGUGUCGCUCCCAUCUCCAACCUCCAAGGUGAAACUGGAAUGUAACCACAUGGCCAGGAUCUACAGGAAGCAUUUCCUGGGCAAGGAGCACUUUAACUACUACUGCCUGGACACGGCACUGGGCCACCUCGUCUUCUCCCUCAAGUACGAUGUCAUUGGUGACCAGGAGCACCUGCGGCUGCUACUCAGAACCAAGUGCCGAACCUACCACGACGUCAUCCCCAUCUCCUGCCUGACCGAGUUUCCCAACGUCGUGCAGAUGGCCAAGCUGGCGUGCGAGGACGUGAACGUGGAUCGGUUCUAUCCGGUGUUGUACCCAAAGGCCUCCCGUCUCAUCGUCACCUUCGACGAGCAUGUCCUCAGCAAUCACUUCAAGUUCGGCGUCAUCUACCAGAAGUUGGGCCAGACGUCCGAGGAGGAGCUGUUCGGCACCACCGAGGAGAGCCCGGCGUUCAUGGAGUUCCUCAACUUCCUGGGCCAGAAAGUCCAGCUGCAGGAUUUCAAGGGGUUCCGGGGGGGGCUGGACGUGACCCAUGGCCAGACGGGAACAGAAUCUGUCUACUGCACCUUCCGCAGCAAGGAGAUCAUGUUCCAUGUGUCCACAAAGCUGCCCUACACCGAGGGUGACGCCCAGCAGUUGCAGAGGAAGCGGCACAUCGGGAACGACAUUGUGGCCAUCGUCUUCCAGGACGAGAACACGCCCUUCGUGCCGGACAUGAUCGCCUCCAAUUUCCUGCAUGCCUACAUCGUGGUGCAGGCGGAGAAGCCCUGCUCCGAGAGCACGCUCUACAAGGUCUCUGUCACAGCCCGGGACGACGUGCCUUUCUUUGGCCCCCCACUGCCUGACCCAGCCGUCUUCAGAAAGGGCCUUGACUUCCAGGAGUUCCUGCUGACCAAGCUGAUCAACGCCGAGUAUGCCUGCUACAAAGCCGAGAAGUUUGCCAAGCUGGAGGAACGCACGCGGGCAGCUCUGCUGGAGACGCUGUACGAGGAGCUGCAUGUUAAUAGCCAAUCCAUGAUGGGCCUGGGCGGGGACGAGGACAAGCUGGAGAACGGCAGUGGGGGUAGCGGGGGCUUCUUCGAGUCCUUCAAGCGCGUGAUCCGCAGCCGCAGCCAGUCCAUGGAUGCCAUGGGCCUCAGCAGCAAGAAACAGAACACGGUGUCCACCAGCCACAGCGGCAGCUUCGGCCACAACAACCCGGACAUGGCCAAAACCGCGGUCACAUCAUUGCUUGUCCCUGGAAAAGCGCCAAGUAGGUGCGGACGUCGAGGCAGCGCCAUAGGGAUAGGAACCAUAGAAGAGUCGCUGAUUGUUCCUGGGAAGAGCCCAACCCGGAAGAAAUCAGGGCCCUUCAGCCCCAGGCGGAGCAGCGCCAUCGGCAUCGAGAACAUUCAGGAGGUGCAGGAGAAAAGGGAGAGCACAGCAGGCCCCCAGAAGACACCUGACAGCGGCCACAUGUCCCAGGAGCCCAAGUCGGAGAACUCGUCCAACCAGAGCUCUCCAGAGAUGCCCACCACGAAGAACAGGGGGGAGCCGGCGUUGCAGAGGCCCGAGGUGCUGCGGGAUUUCUCCCGCUCGUCAUCCAGCGCCAGCAGCUUUGGCAGCGUGGUGGAGGAGAAUGAGGGUGCCGAUGAUUACAUGGGCAUGGAGAGCCAGGCCUCGGGGACGCCCCACAAGCGAGACUCCUUCAUCUACAGCACCUGGCUGGAUGACAGCCUCAGCACUGCCAGCAGGGGGAGCUCUCCAGGCCCCUCCCAAUCUCCCCAGCCGGAGCCCAGGAAACCUGGAGACCCUGCAUGUCCAGAAAUCAAAAUCCAGCUGGAGAAGUCUGAGCAGCACACGCCCCACCUGCCUGGAGAAGAUGGGAAUUCUCACGGCCUGUGCCCAGCGCCCUCGCCCCACUCUCCUUCCCCUGCAGCACCCACACAAGAAGCACAAGCUGAAGGGCUUGCGGAGGGCCCCGAGCUUUGUCACAGCCGAAGACGACUGGCCCAUCGCCAAAGCCAGCAGCCGAAGCCUGUGGCCUAGAUGGCCGGGCCAGCUCCCUCCUUCCCUUCCCACGUUGCGGCCAGGCGCUGGCUGCUUGACAGCUGGAGCUGGCACACUGGGAAGGCUCCACCGCAUGGCUGAGGGGGCAUCAGGCCAUCCGCCCACGCCCAAAGCCUCUCCCGCAAGCGACCAAGACCUUGGAAGAGAUUCCCAGUGGCCUGCCUGUCGUGUGCCCAGCCCCCAACCAGCUCGACCUGCUCUGCACUUUGCUGACGGGACAUGCGGUGCCAGACACUUCACCCAUGCCCAGCCCUCGGACCCUGGGACAUGCCUUGCAGCCCAGAACACCUGGCAGGCCUUGAAGGAACCUCUCCAGAGAGGAAGCCAUUUGUACCCAGGCACCCAGCUGCCAGGAAUGACACUAUGGUGUGUUAGAGCCCAGCAACUCCCCAGUGACAGGCCAAUAACCUCUGGCAGCUAGAUCCUCCAGCCCCCACCUCUCCUGGCCAGCUGCGUCCUCGUUCCCCACCUGUGGGGCCACCUUGGCCAGUCUCACCCCGAAAGCCUCCCUCAGGGUCAUCCCUGGGAGUCUGACCCAGCCCCAGAGGAGGAAGGGUGGCACGUAGAUGAUACCUAGGGUGAAGGGUGCCCGGGAACCAGCCUAGCAUCACUGGCAGAGCCCAGGCUAGGGAGGAGUCCUGGGGGAAGGAGGGAUUGGGAGAUAUGGCAAACUAGAAGUGGGACCCUGGGCCAAGGGAGAAGGCCUGUCUCUGGCCCUGGCCUGGAAAGCCAUGCCUCCAAAUGUGCAUUGCCAGCCCCCCUGCAGCUCUCUGACAGGCUGACCUGUCUGCAGGGAUGUGGCCAGCACCUGGCUCUUGCCAGUGGCAGGGGUAUAUACCCCCUCCACCCACAUCUGUACACAGCCCCCUAGCAUGGCCUCAAAUAGCAGCCGUGGUGCUGGGCUGAUGCCCAGGUGCGGAGGAAAGAGCCAGGCCUGGAAUAGCUCUGCCUUGCCAGACGGAGGGCUGCUUCCCCCUCCCCUUCAUCUCCGCAUGCCGGACUGAUUUGCAGUGAGGGUGUGGCUGGCCUGUGGUCUGUGCCCCAGUGCUGUGGGACACUAGCCAAGACUCUUCAGCAUCCACUGCUGGUAGCAUCCCCGCCCCCGCAGGCCCCCCAGUAACAUAGGGCUGUGCCUGCAGCCUUUCCAGCAGUGUCCCUCUGCAGAGUGCCCUCGCCAUGGCACCCUGUGUCCCAGCUGCUCCAUGAGCCCGGCAGCGUCCUGGGCCCCAGCACGAGGGCUCCCUGUGCACACAGGCGUCCGCCAGCCGCUCUGCCCGCUGCUCCUCUCCCGCCCUCAGCGACGCCCAUACACUCCACAAACACCAUGGUAGCUCUGCCCCAUGGCCAGCAGGGGGCGCCCCAGCCCCCACUCUGUUCUUUGCGCCCUGGAAGCAGGGUCCUGCGGAGAGCAAAUGGAGAGCAUGAGCUACUGGUGCCAGCCAGGUGGGCACGUGGAUGGCUGUGGGGGGCAAAGUGGGGGCAGUGUCUUCAGACUGGGGUCUGUGAGAGCUCGGCUGCAUUAGGCUUCACGACUGCCCAGCUCUGGGGCACCCAGGCCCGAUCAGGGUGGAAUCAGAGCGUGUGUGAACCCAGGACUGGGCAAACGCCUGAUGACUUUAGAGUAAGUUUAUCCCAAAGAGCCAUGACACACUGACAGACAAUCUCUAGCAGACCCAUUGCAGCCACCUGGGUUAACCCCGGCUCCUGCUGCAGGUGACCGGCCAGUGAGCUGCCAUGCUGCAUGCUGCACCAAGAGCCCAGAGGCACAAGGGAGGUUCGACAGGCCUGGGCGGGAAAAGCCAAUUUGUUUUUUCAGGGAUUUUUUUAAAAAAUACUUUUUUCCCAAAAAGCUUCCUGAGCUAUUUUUUGGUUUUUGUUUUUGAUGAAAAAAAUUACUCC